CGACGGCGGUGGCGGGAGAAGAUGGCGGCGGCAGCGGGUUCGGGCUCAGGCCCAGGGCGGGCGGUGGCGCGGCCUCGGCCGGGACCCGCCCGGUUCCGGGGCUGUUUAGCCGGGGCGUUGUUGGGUGACUGCCUGGGCGCCGUUUUCGAAGGCAGGAGCGUUGUAAAGCUACCCGAUCUACUGCGUUUUCUCCGAGGCCUGGAACCGGCAUCCGGGCCGCCUGAUGCCGGGGAACCGGUCGGCAGCGCCCGUAGAGAAACACUUUCGUACACGGACGACACGGCCAUGAGCAGGUCGGUGGUGCAGUCUCUGCUAGCCAAGCGAGAGUUCGAUGAAGUCGACAUGGCCAAGAGGUUUGCUGAGGAAUACAAGAAGGAACCCAACCGCGGUUAUGGGAUGGCUGUCGUCAAUGUCUUCAAGAAGCUCCUGAGCCCCAAGUGCAAUGAUGUGUUUGAACCAGCCAGAGCCCAGUUUAAUGGGAAAGGCUCCUAUGGCAACGGCGGUGCCAUGAGGGUGGCAGGCAUCUCCCUCGUGUAUUCUGAUGUGCAGGACGUUAAGAAGUUUGCGAAGCUGAGUGCCGAGUUAACCCAUGCCAACUCCCUGGGCUACAAUGGGGCCAUCCUGCAGGCCCUGGCAGUGCAUCUCGCCCUGCAGGGAGAACUCAGCAAGGAGACCUUCCUGGAGCAGCUUAUUAGCCACAUGGAGGAUGUAGAGGCAGACGAUAAGUCUCUUACUGAAGCCCGAGCGCUGGGAUUUGAGGAUUUACCAUUUUCAAGGCGUCUAAAGAAAAUAAAGGAAUUUUUGGAGCUCAGCAGUGUUCCUAAAGCAGAUGUAUUGUUUGAAUUAGGCAAUGGCAUUGCCGCUUUGCGGUCUGUCCCUACUGCAAUUUACUCCUUCUUGCGCUGUAUGGAAGCUGACCCAGAUAUUCCUGAUCACUACAGCAACCUGCAGAGGACCAUCAUCUACUGUAUCUCUCUGGGUGGAGACACAGACACCAUUGCUACCAUGGCAGGAGCCAUUGCAGGGGCUUAUUAUGGGGAGGAGCAGAUACCCCCAAGCUGGGAGCAGAGCUGUGAAGCUUUUCAAGAGACACAGAAGCUGGCAAAUAGCUUGUAUGAACUGUACUGCCAGCGGCUCUGAGCUCUGAGGGGAGCGUGUUGUCUGAAGGCAAAGUGGGUGGUCACCGUUGCUUCUCUGGUCAGAAGUCUGGCGGUGGAUCCACACCAUCUGCAGAUGCCAGCCAGCCUCCCCUGAGAAAGACGCCUGCUGCUGCGAGUGGAGAGCUGGAAGCAUGAGCUGGUUUGGAAGAGAGGGGACAUACCCUUCAGUUACGGGUCAGCUGGGAAGUGGCUGCGUGUGGCGCGUCUGCUCUAAGUGUACAGGAGCGUGAAGUUCUUCAUAACGUGUCUGCUGCUUGCUUUGUCCCGCCAUUAGGUCGUUUGUCAUUACAGUUACUAGGUGGGUGUCGGAAUCCACUGACUUCUUGCUGUUUUCCUCUGCUCCUGUAUGCCAUGGCCUUUGAGUUGUUGUUACCUGUCCUGCAGUGGCUUUGAUAGGCUCCACACCAGUUGACACCCAGCUGACCAGCUACAGGCUGUCAAUGGGAGUCAGCAGACACACAGGUCCCUGAGGACGUCCUGCAUGGCGGCAUGGGUCACCACCUGUGUUGUGGGGCGCAGACGCUGGAGGAUAGAUCUCCUGGGGAGGUUCCUUUCCUGAAAGGCAGAAUGAAAAGUGCCAGAGACUGGAGAAGGGGUUUCUUUGCAUUGCUAGUGGCAUUGUGAGAAAUGCCUCUGGUGCAUGCAGACAGAACCCCAGUUGGCUCACUGUUGCUGCUGGAAGAGGGUGUAAUGAAUUACUGUUCCUUUGGUGUCCUUGGCUCUGUGAUCCGCCUGGUGCUGUCCUGAUUUGUUGCGUUUUGUGUCCCUUAUGUAGCUGGCUUUCACAUUGCUGCACCUACUCCAGCCUUUGUUCCUAAUCCAUGCAUCCUGCGUUUUUAAUCCUGUCCUAUGUAUUUCCAGAGCACCAAGUGAGAUUGCUGUUUAAAUCUGUGGGUGGAGAUAGUUGUGAAACCUGGUGUUACACAAGGAUUGAAUUCCUAGUUCUGCUGCAGUCAGUGACAAAAAUUAUGUCAGCGGGAAGCAGGAGUUAUUUCUCACAGUUUUAAAAAACUCUGUACUUGGUAAGAAUCAUCUGAAAAUAAAGGGAAAGUUAGGUUAAUUGGGGGAGAACUUAUCAGAGUUUAAAAGAAUUUGUGCAUUUGAAGCUGGUACUGGUGGCCAAGAAUAUUCAAGCAAAGCUGUGUCGUUCCAGAGUUUCAAGCUUAAAACCUUUAUCCAAUGGAGCUGGUCAACAAGGGAGUAACAGCUUGGGUAUGGCAUGUCUGAAAAGGGUUAAAAGCUUUUUAAUAAUUGAAAAGAAAGAAAGAGACAAGCAGUCAUAUGGAAAUGUGUCUAAGUUUGAAUGUGGCAAUGUAAUUCUCUGUAAUCUCCAGUAUUCCUUGUGACACCGGGAAGUGACUGUUGUGCUCAAACGGAGCUCAGCCCCUGUUGGUACCGGCAUGUGGUCGUUGUGUGUGUCAGGCUGCAUGCACAUGCGGAAAAUCUGGCUGCGGUGUGGUGUUCCAGUUUUUCCUGUACUCUCCUUCCUUCAAGUGCCAGUUUUCUGUGCAAUGCUUUAAUGGGUUUUCCUUGUAUAAAUUAGUAUCUUUUCUGAGAACAUGCGCAGUUUUGGUCUAUUGUAUGUCUAUUGUGCUGCAGAUCUGAGAUGUAAAAUGUCAGGUUUUUCACGUUAUUCUGCCAGAGAUGUGAAUGUAUUCACGGAAUUAUUUAAAAGAAGAUAUUUUCCUUUUAAAGCAGCUUUAUAAUUUUAAAUGUUUGGAACUCACGAAGAGCAGAAGAGCUCCUGUUUAAAAAAUGUAGCUCAUUUUAGGCCAGAAUUUAAAUGUGUACAAAAACAUUUAGGUCUGACUUUCUUGGAAAGAAAUAAAAUCACUUGGUUAUCUUUGUUAAUUA